AAAGCUCUCCGUUUUUUGUGGAACUCCACAGUGUGUGCUGUCUUAAAGGUCCAUUCCCACUUUCUUAAAAUAGUGAAAUACCAAUCCUCCCAGUCUCACUGGUUGACAGCAGAGGAAAGGAACCAAGUUUUACUGGAUCUCAAAACUUCAGGCUGGUCUGAGCUGGGAGAAAGAGAUGCCAUCUACAAGGAGUUCAAUUUCAAAAAUUUUAAUCAGGCUUUUGGAUUUAUGACACGUGUUGCUCUACAAGCAGAGAAGAUGAAUCAUCACCCGGAAUGGUUUAAUGUCUACAGCAAGGUUCAGAUAACUCUGAUUUCCCACGACUGCGGUGGGCUGACCAAGAGAGACGUGAAGCUGGCUCAGUUUAUUGACAAAGCUGCUGCCUCAGUUUAACCACGAUGUAAAUAGCUUUAAUACAGUGUCCACCUAUAUUUUGUGUUUAAAUGGGAUCCCUCUUUCCUUGUAAUCGUGAUUUCCAAAGCCCAUAGAGAGAAGAUAUUUUUUAAAAGCUGUAGCUGAGCUUUUCUGACCUUCAGUACCUUGGUCUUGAGACCCCUUUGGAUGCCUGUGCUUGUACUUUCCCAUUGCUGGCUCUGCAGGAGGAUGUAGUGGAUAAACCAGCAAUAAAUAAGUUUUGAACAAUCCUUUUUUAAAAACUAAACUGAGCUGGAAUAAAACCAGGAGCCCAUCUAUGUGUGUUGGUGUUCCCCAAGCCCACAGGGACUGGUGGCAGCUGCCAUAUGAGCUUCCGCCAUGCCUAGCCACUUCUCUCUUACGGAUUUGUACAUCUCUGUGCUUCAAACAGCCUAAGAGCAGCCCAGCCAGGCUUGGUAUCAUCAUCUCUGCCAGUGACAAGUGCAGGGAUACUGGGAAGAGCAGUGCAAGCUGCUGCUGGUGUGUCCUUGGAGUUGAAGCUCAAGUGGCAGGAACAGCUGUAUGCAGAGUUACUGCUUGAGAGCUUUUUCCCAUCUGAGAGUAUAGAAUCACAUAACCACAGACUGGUUUGGGUUGAAGCUCAUUUCAACCCCCUGCUGUGGGCAGGGUCACCUUCCACUGGACCAGUUUUCUCCAGGCCCCAUCCAGGCUGGCUUGGACACUCCCAGGUUCAGGACCGGAUCUUGGAGUCGCUGAAAACUUUAGCACUGGGUACCGCAAAUAAAAAAAAUAUCCUGGUGAGCCCCCAGCUCCCACACCAUUAAAUGAAGCAUGUGCUUGGCACAGUCAGUGCUCAGCACCCUGCAGGAUUGAGCCACUGUUGGUGUUGUAAUGCUCCAGUACCUGCUGGAUUAGGCAGGGGGUGGCUUGGCCAAGUACCCAGAGCCCUGGCCAGGGCUGCUGGUGGUGAAGAAAGCUGCAUUAGCAGGAUUCUUGCUAAGCUGGGCUCGACUGAAGCUAUGCUUACCCACUUUUUAUUUUCAUAGCUAGAAUUACUCAUUGCAAACAUUGUUGCAGAUCCCACUGACAACGUUUAAAAUAAUUUCUUCCAUGGUUUGAAUGUCUUUGUUUUUAUCCUAUGAUCCUCCCCGAGACAGAUUGCCAGUGCCGGCAGGGAGGUUUCAUUCUGCUCAAAGCUUGCAGGAGGGCCUCUCCCCCUGAGUCCCCCUGCUGAAUGUCCCCAGCAUGCUCUGUCAUGCCCUGUGAGCAGCUCCGGCUGCGGCGCUCCCGGGAGAUUGACACCUCCGAAAUGCCGGAGCGCAUUGCUCAGAUGACACCGGCGGCACAGCCACCAGCUACCGAGAAGAGAGAUGCACCAGUGCCAAAAUCUAUAUCGGGAGUACAUGCGAGGUGUGUGGUCUCUCAGAUAUUUUGGGAUGCAAAAUGCCAUGAACUGCCACCCAAGUGACUGUUGAUAAAAUAAGAAAGAUAUUUUUUAUAAAUCCUUAGCAAGCACCAUCGCGUGCUAAUUGGUCACAUACAGGAAGCAAGAUGGGGUUUAUUAUCGGUAACCCUGCUUGGGAUAUGAAGUUAAUACCUAAAAAGACCCAAAUUCAGACUAUGUGCUCAGCUGCUCUUUUCUCACAAGUGCCUGUCCCCAGUGAAGUGGAGGAUUUCCCUGAUAUGGUUUGAAAAUGGUCAGUGUUGUGAAGAGUGAAUAAACAAAAACAACCAGGCUGUGAUGUCUCCUGUUACUGGUGGGGAAGUGAAAUGAGCUUCACCCAACGUUUUGACAACAUCUCUAAAGAACUGUGUAAAGUCUGUUGUUCAGAAUUGAUACAUAACGCAUGGGCUUUGAAUAAAACCAAUAAAAUCAAAUUCCUCCUUUGUAA